AUGGCCCUCGUACGCAGUCUACAGAGGCUACUGCUUCUAUCGUUCCUCUGCCUUCCCUCUAUAGCAUAUCCUACCCAAUCUGCCGAAGAUUGCCUCUGCUUUCCAGGAGAAUCCUGCUGGCCAAGCACAGCUGAGUGGGCCGCUUUCAAUCGUACUGUCGGCGGGCGGCUUAUUGCCACGACCCCAAUUGGCAGUCCCUGCCACAAAAACAAUCCCUUUUCGCCUUACGAUGAGGCGGCAUGCAACAAUCUGCGUGCGAAUUGGGAGUUCCCCAAAACCCACUAUGAAAGCUCCUCCUCGAUUAUGGCGGGCUUCUAUGCCAAUCACAGCUGCGAUCCAUUCACCGCUCCCUCGACACAAUGUAUCGUCGGGACCUACGUUCAAUACUCGGUGCGAGCGGAGUCGACGGCUGAUAUUCAGAAGACAUUGAAUUUCACCACGACGCAUCGCAUUCGCCUCGUUGUCCGCAAUACCGGUCAUGAUUACCUGGGUAAAUCGACCGGUGCAGGCGCAGUCGCUAUCUGGACUCAUCAUCUCAAGGAUAUCAGCUUCGUGGAUUACAAGUCCCCAUCUUACUCAGGGAAAGCUGUGAAACUGGGCGCCGGUGUGCAGGUGUCCGAGUCCAAUGCCGCAGCCCACGCGAAAGGCUUGACCAUUGUGGGCGGAAACGCCAGAAGCGUGGGGAUCUCCGGCGGUUAUUCCCAAGGCGGCGGCCAUGGCCAACUGGUCUCGCAGUACGGACUGGCUGCCGACCAGGUCUUGGAGUGGGAAGUUGUCACCGGCACAGGCGACCUGGUGACGGCGACACCGGACAAUGAGCAUGCGGAUCUGUGGUGGGCGCUUGCAGGUGGCGGUGGCGGGACCUACGGUGUGGUCGUUUCCAUGACGAGUAAAGCUCACCCGGAGUUGAACACUGCAACAGCCAACUUGACCUUCUCGUCAGUUGGCACCACGCAGACCGCAUUCUAUGGUGCUGUGCGUACCUUUUUGGAGUCGACGCUGGGUCGUCUGUUGGAUUCCCGCGGAGCAGCCGUAUGGUAUAUCGUGGAUGGCGCGUUCGAGCUGGUCCCCAUCACUCUUCCUGGUGGAAGCAAGCAGGACCUCCAGUCCAUCAUGAGUCCGCUACUUGGAAAGCUCAAGCAGGAGAAUAUCUCCUAUGAAUAUUCCAUUCAGGAUUUUCCUACGUGGUAUGCCAGCUUCGAGGCUAUGAGCGCCGACGUCAACGUCACAGAAGACAACAUCGGCGGCAGACUGAUUCCGCGUAGCGUCGUAGACAACCAAACAGAGGCCCUCCUGGAUCGAUUCAGGGAGAUCGCCGAUGCAGGGGCUGUUCUCUCGGGCAUCUCUGUCAAUGCAUCUCUAGUGCACCGGAACCAAACCCUUCCGCCUAACUCAGUGAACCCUGCCUGGCGAGAUGCCGCAAUUGAUAUCGUCGUUGGAAAACCACUUAGCAAGACCAACCAUACUCUCAAUGUCCAGUACCAGGAGGAAAUUACCAACAGUCUUCUCCCAAAACUGGAAGAGAUUACGCCCGGGGGCGGUGCGUACUUGAAUGAGGCGGAUGCCCACCAGCCGAACUGGAAAUUCACCUUCUAUCACACGAACUACAAUCGCCUGUUGCAGGUCAAGAACAAGUAUGAUCCAUAUCACAAGUUCUAUGCGCUUACGGGCGUGGGAAGUGAUUUAUGGCAGCAGAAGAGCGAUGGAAGGUUAUGUCGAGCGAAG